GUGUGAUUGUCGGAAGCACAAAUCAUAGUGGAGCAAGAAAGUGUUUUGUCCCUAGCAGUUCUUUGCCCGUACAGGAAGUGGAACGUACGGGAUGUCCGAAGAAAUGGAGAUCAAUGACAUUGAUGAGGUCCAGGUCGAGUCUCCUCAUGCGAUUGGAGAGGACGGCAAGCACCCUAGCGCCGAACCUAGGCACUUCGCAAUGCCGACAAAGCAGGACGAUUUCCCGUCUGACCAGCAAGCUGAAGCAGAGGAAGCUCCAGAAGAUGCUAACCUCAUGAUGGAGGAUUCGCUCGCACUUUCCUCCUCUUCAAUGGAAGAGGAUGCUCUUUUUGCUGCGCGUGAUUCUCAUUUUCAGGGCGACAUCGCUUUUAGUCGUCGUCUUUCGGAGGACACGCGAGCCGAAAUUUGCCCGACCGCUAGUUGCGAUUCGAAAACGACCCCACGUGAAGAAAAACAUAUCAUGGAGACGACGAACAAAAAAGCAUGUAACGAGGACGAGGUCGUGUUGCACGAACGGCAGAGUAAACCUCCGUCUGACAGCGCUCUGCCGAGCCCCAUGGAGUCGUCCAACAAGGUCCUCGCGAUAACACCGAGUACCGCUUUUUCCUCUCCCGGUCUUGACGCUGAAAGAACCAAUGCAGAUGCUGCACGACAGGAGGAGAUCAUAACCGAACAUGGCGCAGUCGACGCUGGUGGACACGGAAUUGUUGAUAUUGAAUCGCACACCGCUAAUCAAACUGAGAACUUCGCUGGACCGCAUGCCCAACACCAUGCUGCGGGUAAUGUCUACACGCAGGUAAACACGCGAAGUCUGUGCAGCCGAACGACAAAAGCACACCAGCAGCAAGAAACAUCAUAUUCCAAGGAAAAUCUCAUCUCGACCGAGGUCAAGAGCAAUAGCAAAUCUGAUGAGAUCGAGUUAAAGCAAGAGGCAGUUUCUGUCGUCAUUCCGACCGCCAGCAGUGUGCCUGAAAGCUUGAGCUCCUGCGAAUCGGCCUGGAUUGUGGUUGAUGACAAACGAAAAAGUUGCACAGAGGACGUAGAGGAGGACGGGCUCGACAGUCCGCCGCUUCGUCCGAAGGAGCAGGCAAAAAGGCACCCAGAGCAAGACAAAGACAAGAAGAUUGUAAAAGCACCAGCCGCAAGUUCUGCGGAUGAUUCUUCUGGUGGAGCUUGCAGCUUUACAAGUACUUCUACUGGACGAGGAGGAGAGCUAGCGAGCAACGUUUUCGGAGGUUCUUUUUCCAGAGGUCUACCGCUCCGACCUGAAUCUCGUGAUGCUCUCCUCAAACAGGAGUUUCUGAACAAAUUGGAAGCAUUCUUUACAAAGAACCUUUUUUGGCAAAACUUGCUUCGCAACUGCUUUCACACUUGGGCAACCCGCGUCUUGUGUCAGAAGGGUGAAAAGAACCUGAAGAAACUUUUUGCGCCCGAAAAAAUCGGGGAACAAGCACAGACAGCACCCGAACAAAUAAGACUCGCGGAGUUGACGCGGGGCAAGGCGGACGCCGAGGAGGCACUGGCCGCCAGCGAAAGUGUGGCGGAGGGACUUCGGGCCAAAAUCGCGCGCAUGGAGCAGAAACGACGUGGGCAGGGCAGUGUGGAGCUGCGGGCUUCGAACAAUACGAGGCUUUUCAUCUCUGUCGGGACGCAAACCGUUGGGGCAGAAGUACAGGACAGAAUGCCCGCCGACCACAAGGGACACUCUGACUUUGGACAGGAAUCGAGAGCCUUGGAAAGUUCCGUGAUGUCGUCCUGCUCCACAAUUUUGUCUUCGCCGACUUCGAUGGUCAACAAGCGUAUCACGCCGCCGGUACCUGGACCUGUAAAUACAGCAAACAAGAGCCACUGCGCCAAAAACAGUACUUCUGCUAAGUCGAACACAGCCCGGUCCGUUCAAAAUUCUGCGACACUUAAACGCUCGACGGUGUCAAGCCGUCGUGCUACAACCACGCACGCUGCAUCUUCGACGAUGGGCACAAAAACCAUACCUGACAAUCUCCCGGGAACUUCAUGCAGCUCUACGACAGCGGCAACUUGCAGCUCUGCGACCACGACAAAAACAAAACUCCAGAUUCAGGAGGAGGCGCAAAGGGAAUUAGAGGCGAAGCUGGCCCUGAAAGACGAGAGGCACUCCAAGACUGAAUUGUUGUACAAGCGUGCCAAGGAGAGCUUGGCGGCACAAACGGCUAUCACACGCCGGUGCGAACUGGACAAGGUGGCCCUGGAGAAGAAGGUGAUCGCGCUGCAAAACCGAUUGGAGCAGUGGGAGCGACAGCGAGGAACAGCUUCUGGCGAUAGCAGUACACAGAACAGUCAGCUUUUCCCGAUCUCCGGUGUGCCACUUAGCUCCCCGAAAAGGACAACGGGGAAGGCGCUGGCGGGACCAAGAUUGGUGCAAGGACAACCGAGUGGACCACAGAUUGGUCGUUCGCCAGUGAAGAUAUCAAGUCCACCUAGUGUGCCUGGCUCGAACCGACCCUGUCCUCGGUCGCCCCGUGUGGCGGCAGCGGCUGUGGGUUCAAUUGGUCCUGCGGCGGGCCCGCGCGGCAGCACCGCGGCUGCCGCAGCAAAAACUUCGCGGAUGCAGAACACUGCUCGGUUAGACGCUUUGGUGAGUGCGGAGCUGGCUGCUGCCAAGAAAAGCGCCAAGAUGGCAUCUAGUUGUGCGGAAGUGGCAUCCACAGCAGUCGGAACUGUAAGUGUAAACCGGACCUCUAAGUGGUCUAACACUUCUGACGGAAAGGCCGCGCUAUCUACUGAGCACACGAACAACACGCAAGAAAGCGCGGAGGACGUCGUUGGAUCCGCAUCAUGCUUACUUCCCGAUCGAAGCAGUGCAAGCGCCAACUUCGAUGCUGCGGACGAACUACAGCAGGGCGAGCCUCAGAUUCCAGCGGCAGAAACUGUGAAAGUCCUUGCCAAGGUUCUGGCGAAAAUGCCGUCUCCCUCUCGAAGUGGCCGAGUUUCUGCUCGACUGGGCGGUGUGCCAUCGGUCGCAGUUUCAACCACUCGUGAAGAUCCUUCUGCUGUACAGGCGGCGGAAAACCGACCGCCCGAUGUGCCCACGCAAGCAUUUCGAACCCUCGCUGACGAAGGCGAAAAACCAGGAAACAAGAACAUGAAGCCGAGAGGUUGCGCUAAGGUCCUCUCCCACCCUCCUCGGCGGGCGAGCAACCCUGCGGGAGGACUUUAUUCGCUGCCGCAUAAAGCCGCGGAAUUCAUCAGCAGGAGAUCGCCCCGGGCUGAUGCCGCGAUUAACGCGUAUCGAAGCAGCCGAUCUUUGUCGACGCCACUCGGGAAUGGUAAAAGCUUGACCAAAACACCGAAUAAAGCGGAUAGGAGUGAACAAGCGGCGUCCCCGUCCAUAGGCCCUGACACCGAAAAGAACAUGACAUCAUCCUGCGCGAACACCCUGCCCGCUGCUACGACAUCAGCCACAUUGGUCUCCGCGCGCCAACUUCUGCAAACGCUUCGGGAUGAAAGACGUGCCUCGCUUCUGUCGUCGACUGCAGGGAAAGAGUAAAGACCGACGUCACUUCUUGUUCAUCUUCUUUCAGCUGCUACACGAGCGAUGACAGGAACGUCGGAAAAUUUUUACAACCUGCUCAGAAAUUCUGUUGGUAUUUGAUAACCUGAAAGAAAAUCUAUCAUCGGUAGCACCCCGACCCCAUGAAGUGUGAGUUUCAAAUUCAAAGGCCACAAGCAGCGGAACCGUUUGGACGCAGAAUAUCAAUAUACUUAUUCGCAGUGUUAAUUGUGGUGGUUUGUUGCCGCGACAUCCACGGAAUAAGAUCUCUUUCUCGGACACGGUUCGACGGAAAGCGAAAGAAAUCUGCAGAAAAC